AUGACAGUCGAAACUGGAGUCGAUCCGGGUCCAAGCUCUCGUCUUGUGGAGUCCAAUGAUCCGGAGAGGAACCAAGCACAGGUGGCGAUCCCUCUAGAGCGCCAGUCGGCCAUUUGCAGAAAGUUUGACCGCCGUGUUUUGCCAAUUGUAUGCACUCUUUACAUUUUGUCCUAUUUAGAUCGAGGGAACAUUGGCAAUGCAAAAACUGCCGGACUCGACACAGAUCUUAAUCUCAGUGAUUACCAAUGGUCUUGGGUUUUAUAUGCUUUUUAUAUCUCCUACAUCGUGUUUGAGUGGACUACCGUCCUAUGGAAAAUCCUUCCGGCGCAUUCGUAUAUUGCUGUUCUUUGUAUUUGCUGGGGCACGGCUGCUAUGUGUAGCGGUGCAGUCAAGACUUUCGCUCAACUUCUCGCAACUCGGUCGUUGUUGGGUUUCUUCGAAUCUGUCUUUGGCUGCGGUGCACCAUAUUUCCUAUCCUUGUUCUACCAAAGAAAGGAACUAGGGCUCCGAGUAUCAUUACUCCUUGGCAUGUCUCCAAUUGCCAACUGUUUCGCUUCUGCUCUUGCCUAUGGUAUCACCCAUAUCAAGGGGUCUAUAGAGCCAUGGCGCUACCUAUUUAUCAUCGAGGGCGCGCCGACAGUCCUAUUCUCAGUCGUAGUGUUCUAUUUCCUCCCAGACUCACCAGGCACCGCAUCUUUUCUAGACAAAAAACAACAAAAAGAAGCAGUAGAGCGCCUUCAAUCCUUCGACAGAACAGAAAAGAGCAAAGUCCACUGGUCACAGGUCUUAAGCGGAUUAAAAGACUACAAAAACUACAUCCACACAGCUAUUCACUUCUGCUGCAACUACUCGUUCGCAUGCCUGUCAAACUUCCUCCCUACAAUCAUCGAGCACAUGGGCUACACAUCCAUCAACGCCCAGGGCCUAUCAGCACCGCCCUACCUCGUCUCCUUUCUUUGCUGCAUAGCAGCCGCCUUUCUCUCGGAUAGAUGGGGAAACCGAGGAGUCCUCAUUACAGCCUUUGCGACGAUGGCGACAAUUGGGUAUCUCCUCCUGACAUGCGUGCAAGAUGAGUCAAAAACUGCAGCUCGGUAUGCAGGAGUUUGGCUAGCAACGUGCGGAAUCUUCCCUGCUCUCGCAUUGAAUGUGACUUGGAUGCUUAACAACCAGGCCGGGGAUAGUAAGCAGGGGGCGGGUAUGGCUCUUCUGGCUGUUUUCGGUCAGUGUUCUAGUUUGGUUAGUAGUUCUGUUUUCCCGGAUUCUGAUGCGCCGCUAUAUACGAUGGGGUGUGCAAUCGGUGCUGCAUUCUCUGGGUUGAUUGCUUUCUUGGCUUUGGGGUUGAGUCUUCAGAUGAAGUAUGAGAAUCGGAGGCGGGACCGGGUUUAUGGGGUUGUUGAUCCUGAUGAGAGAGUUGAUGUCACUGAGGGUGAUAAUCAUUCGAAGUUUAGGUAUCUGACUUGA